CUAUACUAAAUUAAAUAUUUCAUAUAAAAAAUAUACGUACUUUUGAAGACGGGUAUUUACCCAAUUCCCUGAAUCCGAUCCCAAUUCCCAUUCAUUACAACCUUCCUUUCGCUGUAACCGAUCGGAGUUCACGAGAGGUUGAUACAAAAUCGGAAACCGGCGAUCGGGAGUUCAACAGAUCAACCAACAAAGGCUGCACCGACGUGAAUGAUAGGAUCAAGUUUUCUAUUCAUCAUCUGAAGCUCUAUAACUUGAGCACUUGGGUACAUCUAUCUUGGAGUUGGUACUUUUCAUGGCGAUUCUUUGUUGCCUUGAAGAACUUGUACAUUGAAUAGUGAUUAAGGAAGUCACAUGCUUUACAAUUUUUGAGUGACGCACUUGGUGCAAACUUGUUUGCUUGUUUAAGGAAGAUGGUGAAGUUGACUAUGAUUGCUCGUGUGACGGAUGGCCUUCCAUUAGCUGAGGGGCUGGAUGAUAGCCGUGAUGUUCCAGAUGCAGAUUACUACAAACAGCAAGUGAAGUCCUUAUUCAAGAAUCUUUCUAUGGGCCAUAAUGAGGCAUCAAGGAUGUCCAUUGAAAGUGGACCUUACAUUUUCCACUAUAUAAUUGAAGGGCGCGUUUGCUAUCUGACAAUGUGUGAUCGCUCUUAUCCAAAGAAACUUGCCUUUCAGUACCUAGAAGACCUUAAGAAUGAGUUUGAGCAUGUCAAUGGGAGUCAAAUUGAAACUGCUGCUAGACCUUAUGCCUUUAUCAAAUUUGAUACAUUCAUACAGAAGACGAAGAAACUGUACCAGGAUACCAGAACUCAACGCAAUGUUGCAAAGUUGAAUGAUGAACUUUAUGAAGUUCAUCAGAUAAUGACUCGAAAUGUACAAGAAGUUCUUGGUGUUGGUGAAAAAUUGGACCAGGUCAGUCAGAUGUCCAGCCGCUUGACAUCAGAAUCCCGCAUAUAUGCUGAUAAGGCAAGAGAUUUGAAUCGUCAGGCUCUGAUACGGAAGUGGGCUCCUGUUGCUAUUGUCAUUGGAGUUGUUAGUCUUCUCUUCUGGGCUAAAAGCAAGAUUUGGUGAUGCUGCCAUCAAAUGUACAGCUUAGAAAUGAUGUUACUCUAGCAUCGGUCAGUGGGCAACUGACAAGACCACAGUGGCCUUAGUUUUCUGAGGAUGGGGAGAUUGAAGAAAUGUCAGUUUGAUAAUGUAGAACAGGGGAUGUGAACCAUGACGACCGAAUGUUGCUAAUACUUGAGAAAUGAUAUUUAAUAUGAAUCCCAGCAUGUACUUUUCUUGAUAAUCAACCACAAAACUUGCCUUCCGAUAGGUAUUUGUAAUUCUGAAAUGCUGUUUUAGCUACUUUAGUAUAUGUUUGUAAAUUACAGUGGUAGCCUCAUUCGUUGUCUACUAUUUUGAUUCAUUCCGUAGAAGUGCAUGAACAUAAAUUCUGAAUAUGUUACCAAA